AUGGAUUCGAAUAUCAGUAAUAUCAGUAAUAACAGUCAUAAUGUUGAAACAAGCACCUCAACAACAAAUAAUCAACCUAAAACUAGAAUAAGACUUGUGAGCCGUGUUUUAGGAACUUCUCGGGCAACACAAUCGCCAAACAUAAAUGAUAAUAUUGAUGUAGAUGUUGAAAGUGCUGCAACAACUAAUACAAAUAAUGAAUUUGCGACUGAUGACAUAACAAUUUCUUCGAUAAACAGAGCGACAACUUCUAGUGAUACUGGGCAGAAUAAAAGGCAAAAGAAGAACAAGUCUACUGUUACCAAAAGUAAAAAAGGUGAUAAAGUAACCAACAAGCUAUCUGUAGAAGAGAAUGACAUUGAUAUAGGUACUUCGGGUACCGUCAUAAAUGAAAGUUUGACAUCAACAUCAUCUAAGAACAAAUUUGACAAAAAAACUUCUAAAAAUUCUAAAGGCAAGAAAAAUAAAAAGAUUACUGGUACUAAAUUAAAUGCGAAAUCAUCAAAGGUUAAUGAAGCUAAUGAUGUUAAAGACAAAAAAGCAAUUUCUGAAAUUAAGGAUGAUGCUGAUAAUGAUGUUAAGAAUAAUGUUAAUAAUAUCGAUAAACCAUCAAAAUCUUUAAUGCUUAAUAAAGAAUUGAAUACUACAGCGAAAUCAAGUUAUUCUAAUAAAGGGAAAAGACCAUACAAUAAUAUUGAAGAGCCCAGCACAACAUCUGAACAUCAACAUAAAUUUACCAAGAUUUCAACAUCUGGUAAAAAAUAUAGCGACAAAUCAAAUACUUUAAUAAAAGCUGAGUCAACAGUAAAUCACACAGUUAAUGCUGGAAAAAAUACAUCUUCAUUUGUUAAUGAUGGUGAGUCAACAGUUACAAUCAACAAACAACCGUUCAUACGUAAACUUGGCAGACCACCAAAAAUACAAAAAAAAAUUUACAAUCAUUCUUUAAAUAUCCAAAAAAAGAAAAAGGAAAUAAAAGUUGUUUUGAUUAAAUUGUUAGAAUCCAUCAAUAAAAAAGAUACAUAUGGAUUUUUCUUGGAGCCAGUUGAUACAAGUGUAGUAACUGAUUAUCUAGACGUUAUUGAAAAACCUAUGGAUUUUGGAACAAUGAGGCAAAAGAUUGAAAAGAAUGAAUAUAAGACCAUUGAUGAAUUUAAGACAGAUUUAGAUCUUGUGAUUAAGAAUUGUAAGAUAUAUAAUGCUCCUAAUACUAUAUAUUACAAAAGUGCUGAAAGAAUAUGGAACUUUGGUGAGAAAGCAAUUGAACGUGAGCGUGACAAUAUAUUAACAGAAGAAGAUAUUAAAAAAGCAGCAGAAGAAGAUGCGCAAUUAAAUAGACUUGGAGGUUCUAGUACACAAGAAAGCAAGGGUUUUCUUACUCCAAGCAGCAGUUUUAAAGGGGUUGCUAGGAAUAAAAGGACAUCAGUUUCUAAACGACGUAAUAAAAGAGCAGAUGGUCAUAAAAAGUUUGCUAUAGAUGGAUCCUUGAUUUUAACUGAUGAGAUUAAAUCUAUGAUGUUUGACUCAUCCAGAUCUUUUGAAAUUCCACAACUUAAAGUCAUAUCAUCUAGUGCACAAAGAACUGCACGGUUUGAGGAUUAUGGCCCUUAUGCUACAUUGGGAGUAGAUCCGCCAUAUUUCACAUCUCAUGAAAGAGAGUAUUUAUAUGACAUGUAUGGGGAUGAGAGGGGAUAUUCAUAUACUAAAAGCAUUCAAAAUUUUGUAUCAGAUCUUGGAACUGAAAUGAGAUCAACAGUGGAUGAAUAUUUAAAUGGUCUAACGCGUGGAACAUAUACUAAUAAAUCGACCAUUGUAAAUACAGAAUUUGGUAUCGUUGAUAUCGGUAAGGAAGUUGAAAGAGCACGCGAACUUCCUCAGAUUAUGAAACAAAAGGCUGAUUUAGAACUUUGGCAAAGAGAAAAAAUUGAUAUCAAUUUAUUGGUUAAUUAUCAUCAUGGAAGUAAUAUAGGAUAUAGUGGUAAUAUUGAUAGUGAUGGCGAUGAGAAUAAAGAGAUAAUUGCAUCAAAUUCUCAUAUGACGGCAAUUGGGGGAGAAAGUCAACUUAUAGAGAAUUUAUUGGAAUCUAAUAAUAAAAAUUUGGAAGAAUUAAUUUCAUUUCAACAAAAUAAAAAAACUAUCACUUCAAAAUCCACAUCCACAUCCACAAAUUCAACAGUAGCAACAAUAAAUGGUUCUGGUACAACAAAACAUGUACCAAUAAAUGAGAUAAAUUAUAAAAAUUCUACGACGCCAUUUAAUGGAACAACAACAUCAUUACCAAUGUCAAAAUUGGUUAUUGGUACAACGUCAGCAACAGCAAAAACAAUACCAACAACACCGCCACCACUAUCUAGUAUUGUAACAACAACACAAAGUUCAGGAAUGGAACCAACAACUAUAAGUGCAUUGUCACCUAUUAGUCCACUCAUUUCUGGAUUUGGUGGCUCUUUUGGUAAAGGACGCGCAAAACCAUGUAAUUACAAUCCAGCAGGCAGAUGUGCAAAUUGUCAAACCACUGAUACACCAGGAUGGCGAGUUGGAGAGAUGCCUGAACAGAAAUUGUGUAAUGCAUGUGGGUUGUAUUAUGCAAAGAAUCGAUCUCAUAGGCCAUCCAAUUUAUGGAAUAACAGUCGUUAA